AUGACGGCCGCCGCCCUGCCCCCCUCACCACCCCUCUCGUCGCCUUCGCUGAGCAAGGUCUCCCCGAGCCCAUGGCACACUGGCGACCGCUCGUUCCUCGACGCCGACGUCGACGCGCUGCUCGCGCAGCUGACGCGCACGGAGAAGAUCACAAUGCUGGCCGGUGCCGACUGGUGGCACACGGUGCCGGUGCCGAGGCUCAACAUCCCCGGAGUCAAGAUGAGCGAUGGGCCUAAUGGUGCCCGCGGCGCCUCGUUCGCCGAGCAGACCGCCGGCAUCGCCCUUCCCUGUGAGACUGCCCUCGCUGCGACGUUCAACACCGACCUCGUCCACGCCGCCGGAAGCCUGCUGGCGCGUGAGGCCAAGGACCGUGGCGCCGUCGCCCUCCUCGCCCCCACCAUCAACAUCCAGCGCUCGCCGCUCGGCGGCCGCUCGUUUGAGAGCUUCACCGAGGACCCGAUCCUCAGCGGCAUCCUCGCGACGGCCUACAUCAACGGCCUGCAGGAGAACGGCGUGUCGGCCGUGCUCAAGCACUAUGUCGCCAACGACAUUGAGCACGAGCGCACGGCCGUCAGCUCCGAGGUCUCGGAGCGCGCCUUGCGCGAGGUCUACCUCCGCCCCUUCCAGAUUGCUGUUGCCGACUCGAACCCCCUCGCCAUCAUGUCGAGCUACAACCGCGUCAACGGCGAGCACGUGAGCGAGAGCAAGGAACUGCUCGACGGCGUCCUCCGCAAGCAGUGGGGCUGGGACGGUCUCGUCAUGAGCGACUGGUUUGGCACGUACUCUGUCGACACGGCCAUCAAGGCUGGCCAGGAUCUCGAGGUGGGUAUCUUGCGCAAGUGGCACCCGGCACCCGCUGACAUAACCCCCCAGAUGCCCGGCACGGCCAAGUGGCGCACGCCGUACCUCGUUGAGCACCUGCUGGCCGCGCGCAAGAUCUCGGAGCGGGAUAUCGACGCGUGCGUCCGCAACGUGCUCGUCUGGGCGCAGCGGACGGCCCGCAUGUCCCCCGAGACGGUGUACGGCGACGACAUUGAGGUGACCAACGACCGACCCGAGGACCGCGUCUUCCUGCGCGAGCUGGGCGCCAAGUCCAACGUCUUGCUCAAGAACGAGAACAAGGCGCUCCCACUCACCAACGUCAAGCGCGUCGCUGUUAUCGGCCCCCGCGCGCUCGACAAGACGUGCUUUGGAGGCGGAUCGGCCCAGCUCAACUGCAGCUACGUUGUCACUGUCCUCGAGGGCAUCAAGCAAGUGGCUCCCGAGGGCGUCUCGGUCGAGUACUCGCUCGGCACGUCGUCGCACAAGAUGCUCCCUUACCUGGACGGCAUUGUCCGUGACGACGGCGUCGCCGGCGCCGACAUGCGCCUGUACACCACCCUCGCGCCCGGAGCGCCCGUGGUCCACCACUAUCGCCGCGAGGCGUCGCACGUGCUGCUCAACGACGGCGUGCCAGACAGCCUGCAGGGCAAGAACUGGUUCGCGGUCAUGUCGGGCACGUGGACGGCGCCCAUCACCGGCGCGUACGAGUUCAGCCUGGCCGUCUGCGGCCGGGCCAAGCUGUACGUCGACGGCCAGCUCGUCGUCGACAACUGGGACGUGCUCCAGACCCCCGGCGAGACGUUCUUCGGGCACGGCACAUCCGAGGAAUUUGGACGGCUCGACGUCGUCGCGGGCAAGGAGUACUCCAUCCGCGCCGAGUUCUCCAACAUCCCCGGCGUGAUGAAGGACGCACCGGACGUGGGCCAGAUCUGCAACUUUGGCCUGCGGAUCGGCGGCUUCCCCGUCGUGGACAAGGACGCGGCGAUCGAGGCGGCCGUCGCGCUCGCCAAGGACGUCGACGCCGUCGUCGUCGCUGUUGGUCUUAGCCCGGAUUGGGAGAGUGAGAGCUACGACCGCGCGUCGCUCGUGCUCCCGCAGCGCACGAACGAGCUCGUGGCCCGCGUCGCCGCCGCCAACCCGCGCACCGUCGUCGCUGUGCAGAGCGGCAGCGCCGUCUCCAUGCCGUGGGUCGACGACGUCGCCGCCGUCGUGCAGGCGUGGUACGGCGGCAACGCGUCCGGCCUCGCCCUCGCCGACGUGCUCUUCGGCAACGUCAACCCCUCGGCCAGGCUGCCCAUCACCUUCCCCGUGCGGGAGGAGGACAUUGCCGCCCACGGCAACUUCCGUUCGGCCAACGGCAAGGUCCUGUACUCGGAGGACCUGGCAGUCGGGUACAAGUGGUUCCUUGAGCGCAAGCUCACGCCCCUGUUCCCCUUCGGUCACGGCUUGUCGUACUCGACCUUUGGCUACUCGGGCGUUGAGGUCUCGCGUACAGACGAGACGACGGUCGAGUACUCGGUCGCCGUCACCAACACUGGCGAUGUGGCAGGGUCGCACAGCGUCCAGGUGUACCUCUCGUCGCCCGUCUCCAAUCUCGCCCACCCCGUGCGACACCUCGCGGGUAUCGCGACCACUGGCAUUCUUGCACCAGGGACAUCUGAGCGCGUCGUGGUCAAGGUGACUCGCCGCGAGCUCGCCCACUGGGACGACUUGCUCCACAGCUGGUCCAUUGAGAACGGCAAGUGGAAGGUGUUUGUUAGCGACGAUGCCCUGUCAGCAGAACAGCUCGUUCACAAGUUUGAUGUCCGCGGCCGCCACGAGUGGUCCGGUCUGUAA